CCAGUGUCGUGCAGCAUUAGUACCACUGGGGGGCGCUGUCUCGCUCUCGUUUUCUCCGCAUGAAGCGCGUGGACAUGGCGUCGUCCGUGGUUCGUCUGCUUCGGUUUUCGUCUCUGAGAAACGCCCAUGUUCCUCAUGGAUCUGUCCGUGGUCCAGGCUCAGCUCGGCGCACAGCAGUGACCACCUCCUCCGGGGCCAUUCUGCCCAAACCCAAGAAGACCCAUUUCGGCCUAAUCCGGAUUGCUCUGGUAGUGGUGCCCUUCUUGUAUGUGGGGACUCAGAUCAGCAAGAACUUUGCAGCACUGCUGGAGGAGCACGACAUCUUUGUGCCUGAAGACGACGACGAUGAUGACUGAGGCUUCCAGACUUUACAGAACCACCACAGGGAGAUCUGAAGAGUCAAAGGAAGUGAUUCUGCUUAAAUCUUGUUAAAUAAUCUUUGCUUGGAGUUGCAC